UGGCACCCAUAUAUCAAAUAUUUUGACAGUUUAUGUUGUUGCAUUGGGUGUUUUUAUAUUUGUUUGGGUGGUUGUUUAUAUUUUUUUAAACAUAGUUGCCAGAAGAACAGGAUUAAAUAAGGCAUUCAGACGUGGGAGGUUUGAGUUGUUGGAGUAUGGGUUUCUAUUUCUAGCCAGUGUAUUUGUUAUUUUAUUGGUUUGUUUAAAUAUGAUUGUCCUACGUGAUAUGGUAAACGGUAUUGGUGGUAACAACAUAAGUUCUAUAAAUAUAACUGGCCACCAAGAACACCUGGGUGUUGGGUUUGAUUCGUAUAUCAAUGGGUUGGUAAAAACAGUUGAUCACGAGUUAAGUCUUUUUGUUAAAAAUUCUUAUGUUUUAAAUAUAACUUCUGCUGAUGUGCUUCAUUCAUUUAGCAUGCCGUCAGCAGAUUUGAAGGUGGAUGCUGUACCAGGACGCAUAAAAAGUGUUUGCUUAAAUUGCGAUAGUGUUGGAUUAUUUGUUGGUUAUUGUACGGAAUUUUUUGGAUCUGGCCACUCUUAUAUGCCAAUAGUUUUAAGUGUUGUGUGGAUCAGUGGUGUAAAUUUUUGGGUGUUUUUAAAGGUUGUUUUAGUUUUUUGUGUUUCUAUUAUUAUUGUUGCUUAUGUAGAGUCACCAAUUUGGUGUUGUUUUGAUGAAACUAUGACAGGGUCGUGGUAUAAGACUUUUGUUUUGGGUGAGUUUUUAUUGUUAAUGAUUCCCAUUGUUUAUAUAAAUGAUGACCUAGGUGAAGAUGCAAUAUCUGAUCCAUAUGAGGCCUUCGAGGAAAAAUUUUUUCACAGCCUUAUUGUGGAUAAGGUUGGUGUUUUGGUUAAAUCAUGGGUCAUUGAGUAUAAUAAAUGUCCAGCUUGUGUUGUCUACUCAUAUGAUAUGGAGCAAAAUAUAUCAACAAAAGUAGAACCGCACACCUUUAAAGUGUGUGUUGAAUCCAGUUGUGUGUUGUUUAUUUUUAUUGUUAAAAUCUAUUAUUAUGUCUGUGUUAAUGUGUUGGUGGUUCUAAUUUGA